AAGAAACCCCCCCCCUUCAAGCCGGAUGCCCCCUACCACACCAUGAGCAGUGUGUCCUGCACUCCUACCUCGUCCUCUGUCCACCUGCACCACCCGUCCGUACUGACCACGCACCAUCCCCACCAUCACCACCACCAGCCCUCCCAGGGCCUGGAUGGUGAGCUGCUGGACCACCUCAACUCUGCUCUCCCGCUCGGAGGGGUGCCAGGCCCUGACGUGGGCUCCACACCUUCGCACCCUCACUCCCACAUGUCGGCCAUCAACCACAUGGCCCACCACUCCCAGCCUAUGAACAUGUCCCACCCCCACGGCCUUGCUUCCCACGCUGUCAUCUCCGGCCCCGAGACGGAGACGGACCCGCGGGAGGCAGACGUGGGCUCUGCGUUGGCCAACCUGAAGAUCCCAGGGGUGGGCUGCCUUAGCCAAAGCACUAUCUGCAGGUUUGAGUCCCUCACCUUGUCCCACAACAACAUGGUGGCCCUCAAGCCCAUCCUGGAAGCGUGGCUGGAGGAGGCAGAGAGGGCUCAGAGGGAGAAAAUGACCAAACCUGAGAUCUACACAGGGGGGGACAAGAAACGCAAGCGCACGUCCAUCGCCGCACCCGAGAAGCGGUCGCUGGAGGCCUAUUUUGCCGUGCAGCCGCGACCCUCCUCAGAGAAAAUCGCUGCCAUUGCUGAGAAGUUAGACUUGAAGAAGAAUGUGGUGAGGGUCUGGUUUUGCAAUCAGAGACAGAAGCAGAAAAGGAUGAAAUUUUCUGCCACCUACUGA